AUGACCAUUGAUGCGUUAACAACCCCAUCUGAGUCGCAGCCGACCGAACCUGCCCCUACGAGUCCUUACUACGGGAUGUAUGGUCAUUACUGGAAAUCAAACAGGAAUGUGCCGCCCACCAAAUGGCUUCAGGAGAGCAAGAAGCUCUGCGCUUGUGAUACCCAUCAGGCAAGCCAAUGGCCGAUGGAACACGCAUUAAUUACGAUUCCUCGCUGCGCCUACAAGUGUCCCUACUGCCCAAAGUUCGAUACCCUCGAUAGUACCGAGCCUCAGGUGGUGAAGCUCCGUGCUCAUAUCAAGAGAAAACCGUAUGAAUUCCUUGGGCUCGCUGUCACCCCGGCCAGAGUCACAAAAGCCCGCGUGCCGUGA